AUGCUGUCUCAGGCCUCAAUCCCAGAGAUUCAGGAAGACACAAUUGGUAAUGCCAUUGAAGAGCGUAAGGCCAAGUUUCUGCAGUUUCAAACCUUAGGUCCUCCAGAUUUGAUAUCGUUGGUGAAAUAUGCGCCUUCCUCGAAUUCCAAUUCGCAAAAUGCCAAGAAUCGGUCUAUGCAGCUGGAACCUAGCUCUUCAAAUAUAAAUACUCAAGAUUUGCAUUCCCAUGACAAACUAAAGGGCGAAAUUGGCACAUUUCUGUACAGUGUUGGUGUCGAUACGUCUGACCCCACUUCUAUCGCCGUUUCUCUCAAGAAUUUGGCAGACCUGAUCUCGGAAAAACCUCAGAACUGGUUCGGAAAGCAGAAGCACUACAAAGUAGCGAGAGUCACUUAUGCCACCUGGAACGCAUUCAGAAAAUGCGAUGUGCAGGUUGUAGUGCGCAUUCCAGGAGCAGUUCAGUCUUACAUUUUGGACUCGCGUGGUGAAGUUUUACAGAUUCCGCACAAUGAGCGUGAAACUUUGUGGACGGAAACAUUCGUUUGCGGCGUUGUUCGCGCAAUUACUGUCAUGACCGAUAAUGUGGAUGAAGGGGAGGUCAACAAUGUCGUUGAAACGCGGAUUUUGAAUCCACUGACUUCGGGUGAGCUUGGUGAAGUCUCGGAUCGUUUCAUCGAUGUAUUUCCACUCGUCUAUUCGCAAGGUCAAAACUUAGGCGCUCCCUGUAAUGUGGCCGCCCCAUCACGCACCAACAAUUACUUGUGCGAGACUUUACUGCAUGUCACCAGACUUACACAGAACUUUGAGAGAUGUCGAAAGAUGCUUACUAGUUUGAUCGAAAAGCACCCAGAAUGUGUGGUUCUAUUAGCAAAGCUCUUAAUCGAGGCUGAUCUCAAGAUCGAUGCCAUAACACUUUUGCACGAAGAGUUUUCGAAACAAGGGUCUUCGCUGACAAGCUACCGUUCAGAACUUCUUUGUAUUCAAGCGCAAUUCCUAUUAGAACAGAAGAAGGACUUCAAAGCUGCUCAACUGCUGGCACAAGCUGCUGUGGACUGUGCUCCUAGUGAGUUCAAACCUUGGCACCUUUUGGUUAGGGCAUACAUCGGCUUGAAUGAUAUCGAAAAUGCGCUUCUGUCAUUGAAUGGAUGUCCAGUCACACCGCACAAAGAAAAAUACAGCUUCAAGCGAGUCGUGAGUUUGGGGCAGGAUUCGCCUAACUUGCAUUUACCUCUUCCGAUAGAUGUAAUCCUCGAAGACGUAACUAGCCUCAGCUCCGCAGAUGUAGCCAACGAACACAAGGCUUUGAGUUCGUCACUACUCAACCUUCCUGCUGCAACACUCAAAGCCAAUGCCAAGACAAGAUACAAAUAUCUCACUGAGAUUGCUCUAAAAACAGGGUGGGAGGCCCUGUUGAAGUACAGAUCAAAGUUGUUUGUGAUGGAAGAGGAAUACCAGGUGACAUCGACGCCUCCUCCCGAUGCGGAGACGAACGGUUCUUGCGAUCUCAUUCGUGGCAAAAGAUUGUGCGAAAGGUGGCUGGACAGUUUGUUCAUGGUGCUUUACGAAGAUCUCAAGACCUACACUUUAUGGCAGGCAGAGCAGCUUCAUUUCGAGGCUCAAAAUUCGCGGUAUCAAAAAUCCACUGCGGAAUGGGAACUGCUGGGUCUAUGUGCUUGGCGUCUGGGCCACGUUGAGGAAGCUACCCAAGCGUUCCAAAAUGGACUUUCGCAGCGUUUUUCUGCAGAGUCUUCCAGACGGUUGUUGCAGGCAUACCUUUUUGACCGCGAAAAAGUGAAACAGAACAGAGAUGCAUCUUCUUCACAGACAAUGAGCACUAUUCUAGAUAUAGACAACAAUCUAGUCGACCUGUGCGUUAGACUGUGCUGCUGGAACCACCGCUGGUAUUGUGAGUUUUCUGUGCUGCAGCUAGACGUUCUCUCCCACGUUGUACACGACAUCGGUCUAACCAAGCUAUCUAACGAGAUUCGGGCCCGUUUUCCGGAGACUGUUGUACAGCUUGUUGAGGACAAUCUGCUCGAUUUUAUCGCGAAUUACACUCAUGGCAGUUAUGAUAAGUGA